GCUUUCAGAUUCUACUGCAAGCAGCACAAUGUUGCUGCAACUGUGUAUCGAACACGGCGGGGAAACGUUUUUUCUUUUCCACUGAACUUGAGGGUUUUCAUCUACAGUGCAUUUCAGAUAGGACGGUGGUUACAAAACCUAAAAUGUGUGCCAUAACCAGUGACCUGACAGUUUUGCCUUUUAACCAGAAAUUAUUUGCAAAAAUGGAAACAAAGCGGUUUUGGAAUUAAACGUCUACGGUUCUGCAGCGCGCUGCAUAUGUGAGUGACUAACCCUACCGAGUCUGAAGCGCUGCUGAGUGAUGCACGGGACAGGUUAACUAUAUAACGGGAGGGAGCUGUGUCUCCCACUCUUCUCUGUGCAGUGAGCACAUUGUGCAGCUUGCUUCUUCCUGCAUUGUAUGUGGCGCUGCUUCCUUAUCAGAGGGGCGAGGUGGGGGGAGGCGCGCGCGCCCGGCAAACAGGUUCUUCUAUAGCACACCGAAAGCUGGGACCUGCUUAGCGUGAAUGAAACAAGAGGGAGCCACGCCUGCAGCUCAGCUAACCAGGAAGUAUCCAAGCAGCAAGGAAACACCGGCCGAUGCUACGCCGAGGCAGUGCACUGAAAGAGCCCUCGCUGAUCUCCAGGCGCGAUUUUCUGCCUUUUGAAGAUACACAGUUUGCGUGGAAGAAGUUGUACACAAGAUGAUCCCAGUCCGGCACACUCUUGCAUGAGUAUUUCCACUGGCUUCAGUGAGACUAGACUAUUCGCACGGGUACCUUUUGUGUUGAGUGAAGGGUUGGCCAUUCAAAGUGACAGAAAAUAUCAAAGAAGAGACCUAAAAUGAGAUCUGCUUAGUGUGACGUCUCUUCAGAACAGUUCCACAAAGUGCAAUUACACGACAUUCCGAGCAUCUUUGAUAAAAAGCCUGACCCUAGGACAGUCCUUUUCCAAACAUAGCAUUUUGUCACCUAAAAUCCAGAUCCUGGCAGUGAAGUAAAUGGCUCAACUUCCCCCUGGAGUUCGCUUCAUCGUUUUAUUUACAAGAGAUCAGUGGUGCAGGGCCUUCAUUUUUGUUCUUACCUUUUUGUUAUAUGCUAGUUUCCACUUGUCAAGGAAACCUAUUAGUAUAGUUAAGGGAGAACUACAUAAGCACUGUGCUCCUCCAAAUGAAGUUGAACUCAGCUCCUACAAAGAAUAUGCCAUCCAGAUUCAGCCUGUUAAAAAGUUAUCUAAUGAGUCUCAGUGUGGUUGGGAGCCAUUUGACAAGAACAAUUACAAACAAUUACUGGGAGCCCUGGAUUACUCAUUUCUGUGUGCUUAUGCAGUUGGAAUGUAUUUGAGUGGUAUAAUAGGAGAGCGAUUGCCUAUUCGGUAUUAUCUAACAGUUGGAAUGCUUGCCAGUGGACUCUUCACUGCAAUGUUUGGGUUGGGCUAUUUCUAUAAUAUACAUAACCUGUGGUUCUACAUGAUAGCUCAGAUAGCUAAUGGAUUGGUGCAAACCACUGGCUGGCCCAGUGUUGUUACCUGCAUUGGCAACUGGUUUGGAAAAGGAAGGAGAGGUUUGAUCAUGGGAAUCUGGAAUUCUCACACUUCCGUAGGGAAUAUUUUAGGAUCCUUAAUUGCUGGUUACUGGGUAUCUACCUGCUGGGGUCUGUCUUUUGUGGUUCCUGGUGUUAUAAUUGCUUGCCUGGGGAUCGUUUGUUUUCUAUUUCUCAUUGAACAGCCUAAAGAUUUCAGUUGCGCUUGCAAACCAUCCAGUAGCUCAAAGUCCUACAUGAAUGGUACAAAUAAAUUUGGAGUCCAUAAGCCAACCUUAAAUCUUAAAGAAACUGACAAACUUCAGGAUCCAGCGAUGCAGUGUUUGCUUCCUGACAGAGAGAACUGCAUGGUGCUGCUGAACCAUAACAUGGCAGUCAAUGGGGAAGGUGGAACUAGAAUGUCAGCUAUAAGCUUCAUAGGUGCUUUGCGAAUACCUGGAGUCAUAGAAUUCUCUCUCUGUUUGUUGUUUGCUAAACUAGUCAGUUAUACUUUCCUUUUCUGGCUUCCACUCUAUAUCACAAACGUAGAACAUCUUGAUGCGAAAAGAGCUGGGGAUCUUUCCACAUUGUUCGAUGUGGGUGGAAUCUUUGGUGGCAUUUUGGCGGGCAUGAUAUCAGAUAGAUUGGAAAAAAGGGCUUCCACCUGUGGAAUGAUGUUACUACUAGCAGCACCUGCUCUAUACAUGUUCUCUGCAAUCAGUAAAAUGGGCCUAGAAGCUACCGUAGUUAUGCUGCUUAUCAGUGGAGCCCUGGUGAAUGGCCCUUAUGCGCUGAUCACAACUGCGGUCUCUGCUGACUUGGGUACUCAUAAAAGUCUGAAAGGAAAUGCAAGAGCCUUGUCCACAGUUACGGCUAUCAUCGAUGGAACAGGUUCUGUAGGUGCUGCUCUAGGGCCUCUGUUAGCUGGUCUCAUCUCUCCAUCUGGUUGGAACAAUGUAUUUUACAUGCUAAUGAUGGCAGAUGCAUGUGCCUUACUAUCCUGGGCUCCCUCUGCUGGUCUCAUCAGAGUCUUGCUGUUCUUACUCCGUCUUAUACGAAAAGAACUCCAGUGUAAGAUGGACCAGACCUUGUUUAAAGAACACUGAACUAUGAUAUCUCAGACAUGUGUGAUCAAAACUACGCCCUCAAAAGACUGUGGAAUAAAUUAUUCCGUAUUUUGAGAUUUGUCUUGUGGAGCAUUUUGCACAUUUACCAGGAGAGGAUUGAGAAAUUCAGCUGGUGAAAUCCUGAUGAAGUUUUUUUGUUUUUGUUUUGUUUCCUGUUUGCACAUACAUCCAUCUCUCAGGAUGGUGACUGUUUAUCACAUGAAGAGACAGAAGCUUUGGGAAGCUGCUAGCUGUAUGCCUUAACUGAGCCAAAAAAGAAAUACCAAGUGCCUUCUGAUUCAUUUUGAUAGGAUAUUUUAAGUAAACCUUAAACUGCUUAUUUUUAACAAAAUGCAAGGAGAUUUGAGAGUAGAGCACAAAGAAGAAAAUGAACUCUCUUCAGAUGCUUCAGCAGUGGAAUGUGCCAGUGGUAUUAGCAAAGCAUUUGUGAGCCAAGUUUCCUUUUAAGAACAAAAGAGUGGCCAUACUGGGUCAGACCAAAGGUCGGUCUAGCCCAGUAUCCUGUCUGCCGACAGUGGCUGAUUCCAGGGUUCCCAGAGAAAAUGAAUAGAACAGGUAAUCAUCAAAUGAUCCAUCCCUUGUCUCCCAUUUAUGCCACCUCUUAAAAGAUAAGGUCAUCACACACUAUGUGAAAGUACCAGCUGUCUCAGAUUCACUGCUAUUCAAUAUCUUGAAACAGUUUAAACAGUAAGAAAAUAGUCCGACCAUAUUAUCAGACUUCAACUACAGCACUAACUUAUCCUACACUGUAAAAUCUCAAGACCAGCAUUCUGCUCUUUUAUGUAUAAUAUAUUGGAACUUGUACAUAAGUAGUUACAAUUUGCUGUUAAACAAAACAAAAAAAAAAAAGUAGCCUCCACUAGCCCCCUGGAUGGGGAUUUUUGCUCAUUUGAGGUUGUCAGAAAAGGAGACUCAAACAACAAAGAGGCUUCUUAUGGUGUCGCAUUUCCUCUAAGGAGUUCUAAUGAUUUUUAGGGCACUAUACACUGGUUGUACAAACUUCAUAGAAUUGUUUUAUUGUUAAUGCUAUAGGUUCCUUUGGAGCUGCAGGUUAUUUUUAAUUUGGAGGGCAAAGGCAUUGUCUCAUCUGUGACUGAAGCUUUAGCACUAGCUGCUUUUUUUUGUUGUUGGGUUAACAAAAAAUUGGCUGGUUUAAACCCUGAUCCUGAAAUGGUGUUGAGUUCAGGCACCCAAUUGACUUCAGUGGGGCUGGAUGCAGCUGCAGGGAGUCUGUCCACUCAGAGCUCAUUGCAGGAUCAAGAUCUUAAUCAUAGCACCAAAAAUCUGUCAAAAAGACUAAUAUUGCAGUCCAAGUUUAGAGCCACGGUACAUGGUUUCAAAAAAAUAAAUAACCUGGUGCACAUACUGGACAUAAAGUCUCGAGAGUAAAUUCAGAGGUUUAUAUUAUCCUGUAAGUGCAAGUAUUAGUGUUUUCAUAAUACACUGUUUCUUCUUGAUCUGACAGUUUUUAAUCUCCUUCCAAUAGAAGACAAGCUUCUGGUGAAUAUUUGUAAGAUGUACAAUAGUAUUAAAGAGAAUAUCUAUAAAAGAGAUGUUUGUUGACUAUAAAGGUUAAAUAGACUUACACACAACAAUAUACAGUUUAUUUAUUAAACCUCUGCAUAACUGUUCUGAAUUUUGCUUUUUUAACUUGUUUACAAAACACUGUGGUACUGUACAUACCUCACUUGCUUAACAAAAUAACCUUUUUUAAACUAACCCUUCAGAAAAAAGAAAUUUCUUCUUUCUCAUCAA